UCAUAACACUAUCAUUAUGUGACAUGAUGUACUCACUUUUCAGUUCUCACAAAAAAAAAUAAAAAUUGGCACUCUUUUCUGGAGUAUAUCCAUUUCGGAAGAAUAAAAGAAUAAAAAGAAAACGAAAGAACUUUCAAAAUUAGUUCGCCAGAAACUGCUAGGAGAAGUUUCGUUUCCACUAUUCCUCUCCCUCUUUCCGCCAACUCUUCAACCUGCAAACCUAUUUUCAGAUUAAUGAAGGACGAAUUGCAAGGCUCGCCGUACAGGCGCCACCGCAACGACCCCGAAGCCGGCGGCAGCAGCCGCUAUGACUACGACGACGACGACGCGGGCUCUCCUUUCUCUAUUGUGCGCACAAAACGUGCUCCAAUCGACAAAUUGCGUCGCUGGCGGCAAGCCGCUCUUGUGCUGAAUGCAUCUCGGAGAUUUCGAUAUACGUUGGAUUUGAAGAAAGAAGAGGAGAGGAAGGAAUUGAUUGCUAAGAUUAGGAUGCAUGCUCAAGUCGUUAGGGCUGCUGUUCUUUUCCAAGAAGCUGGUACAGGACUGAAUGUAUCAACUCCUGCAAAGUUACCAUCAAGUCCAACUCGAGUGGGUGAAUUUGGUAUUAGCUCAGAGGAACUGGUUGCUAUGUCCAGGGAGCAUGAUCUCUCAUUUCUGCAGCAAAGCGGAGGGGUUAAAGGAGUGGCUGAGAAGUUAAAGUGCAAUGUGGAGAAAGGUGUCACUGCUGAUGAGGCUGACCUUAUAGAGCGAAAGAAAGCUUUUGGAUCAAACACAUAUCCUCGAAAAAAAGGACGAAGUUUCUGGAUGUUUGUCUGGGAAGCUUGUCGAGAUACAACGCUCAUCAUUUUGAUGGUUGCUGCAGCUGCUUCGCUAGCACUAGGCAUAAAGACUGAGGGUAUAAAAGAAGGUUGGUAUGAUGGAGGGAGCAUUGCCAUGGCUGUUCUCAUAGUCAUCAUAUUUACUGCCGUAAGCGACUACAGGCAGUCUCUACAAUUUCAAAACUUAAAUGAGGAGAAACAAAACAUUCAAAUGGAGGUGGUCAGGGGUGGGCGCAGAAUUAAGGUUUCAAUAUUUGAUAUAGUGGUUGGUGAUGUUGUGCCUCUCAAAAUUGGUGAUCAGGUUCCAGCUGAUGGACUGGUCAUCUCUGGCCACUCUCUCUCAAUUGAUGAAUCCAGUAUGACUGGGGAAAGUAAAAUUGUACACAAGGACCCAACUAGAUCACCUUUUCUUAUGUCAGGAUGCAAGGUUGCUGAUGGGUAUGGUGCCAUGCUGGUAACAAGCGUGGGCAUAAACACAGAGUGGGGUUUACUUAUGGCGAGCAUAUCAGAGGAUAAUGGUGAAGAAACACCAUUGCAGGUACGACUAAAUGGGGUUGCCACAUUUAUUGGAAUGGUUGGACUUGCAGUGGCUGCAGCAGUUCUUAUAAUCCUUGUGGUCAGAUUUUUUACUGGGAACACGAAGGACCCCGAUGGCACGGUACAAUUUAUAGCUGGGAAAACGAAAGUCGGUGAUGCGGUCGAUGGAUUUAUCAAAAUUUUCACUGUUGCAGUGACCAUUGUUGUUGUUGCUGUACCAGAAGGUCUUCCAUUGGCUGUUACCCUGACGCUUGCUUAUUCCAUGAAAAAAAUGAUGGCUGAUAAGGCAUUGGUUAGGAGGCUAUCAGCCUGUGAAACAAUGGGCUCUGCCACCACCAUUUGCAGUGACAAAACUGGGACUUUGACACUGAACCAGAUGACGGUAGUUGAGGCCUAUGUUUGUGGGAAAAAAACAGACUCACCUGACAACAAGUCUCUGCUUCCUCCGAGGAUGAUCUCUUUGCUUAUUGAGGGCAUUGCUCAAAAUACCACUGGAAGUGUCUUCUUAACUGAGGGUGGAGCUAUGGAAAUUUCUGGAUCACCAACAGAAAAGGCUAUUCUGCAAUGGGCAGUAAAUCUUGGAAUGGAUUUUGGUGCCUCUCGAUCAGAUUCUGCCAUAAUUCAUGCUUUCCCGUUUAACUCAGAGAAAAAGCGAGGUGGUGUCGCCCUAAAACUGUCAAAUUCUGAGAUCCGUGUGCACUGGAAAGGUGCUGCAGAAAUAGUCCUUGCAUCCUGUACCCACUACAUUGAUGCAGAUGAUAAUGUAGUCGAGAUGGAUGAAGACAAGCUUUCACUUUUCAGAGAAGCAAUAGAAGAUAUGGCUAAAGAAAGUUUGCGUUGUGUAGCUAUUGCCUACAGAACGUGUGGAAUGGAUGAGGUUCCAACUACUGAGGAGGAACUGGAAAAUUGGCAGCUACCUGAAGGAGACCUAAUCUUACUUGCUAUCGUUGGGAUCAAGGAUCCUUGUCGGCCAGGGGUACGAGAUGCAGUUCAACUCUGUGUUAAUGCAGGCGUCAAGGUACGGAUGGUCACUGGGGACAAUCUUCAAACAGCCAGAGCAAUAGCCUUAGAGUGUGGGAUAUUAGGGUCAAAUGCAGAUGCUACAGAGCCCAAUCUAAUUGAAGGAAAGACAUUUCGUAACAUGACUGAGUCACAAAGAUUAGAAGUGGCGGACAGGAUUUCGGUAAUGGGAAGGUCAUCACCCAAUGACAAACUCUUGCUUGUACAAGCAUUGAGGAGGAAGGAACAUGUUGUUGCUGUGACUGGAGAUGGCACUAAUGACGCUCCUGCACUUCAUGAGGCUGAUAUUGGUCUAGCAAUGGGUAUUCAAGGCACAGAAGUCGCAAAAGAAAGUUCAGAUAUCAUCAUACUGGAUGAUAAUUUUGCAUCUGUAGUAAAGGUUGUCCGAUGGGGUAGAUCUGUGUACGCCAAUAUCCAGAAAUUCAUACAAUUUCAACUUACAGUUAAUGUUGCAGCUCUGGUAAUCAAUGUUGCGGCUGCAGUUUCCUCUGGAAAUGUUCCACUCAAUGCAGUACAGCUACUAUGGGUAAAUCUUAUUAUGGAUACACUAGGAGCCCUUGCACUUGCCACGGAACCACCUACAGAUCACCUCAUGGGAAGACCUCCUGUUGGAAGAAGGGAACCUCUUAUAACAAAUAUCAUGUGGAGGAAUUUAUUAAUACAGGCUUUGUAUCAAGUAACUGUUCUGUUGGUCCUCAAUUUCCGUGGAAAGAGCAUUCUGAAUCUGAAGAAUGAUACGAGUGAUCAUGCUUUCAAAGUGAAGAAUACAUUGAUAUUCAAUGCAUUUGUCUUUUGCCAGAUCUUUAAUGAAUUUAAUGCUCGAAAGCCGGAUGAAAUCAAUGUAUGGAAAGGAGUAACAAAGAACAUUCUCUUCAUGGGGAUAGUUGGCAUCGAAGUGGUGCUUCAGGUUAUGAUUAUAUUUUUUCUUGGGAAGUUUACUUCAACUGUUCGUCUCAGUUGGAAAUUGUGGCUUGUUUCUCUUACCAUUGGUUUUAUCAGUUGGCCUCUUGCUAUGGUUGGAAAAUUAGUCCCUGUUCCAGAGAGAAAUUUCAGCGAAUACUUCAGAAAGAGAAGUAGUAAGAAAAAGCACUUUAACGAUAAAGAAGAUGUUGCAUCUUUGGAAGGUCAUGCGGGAUAGACAGACAUUUGUAUGUGUACAAAACUGGAAGUGAACUAACUUUGGCUUGACUAGACCGACUGUCACGUUCUAAUACGAGUAUUUACUGCUUAUUCAUGUUUGUUUAGUUAGUGAGGCACACAAUGAUCUAUUUUGGUGUAUUUAUAGGAUGUAGGUCCCUUGUCUUUAGAGUAGGUUUGUGUAAAUUAAAAAUUUGUUUGUUCGAUCGAUCAGCCUUGUAUUUUAAUUUGCGGUUGUAUCAAUAUUGGCUUUCGUUGCUUUUCA